AUGUUCCCUGAGUCUCUUCUGGGGAGAGUUUUUAAGGCGGUCUAUUUCCCCUCUUCUUCGAUCUUAGGGGCGAAAAAAGGGUAUAGACCAAGCUAUGCUUGGUCUAGUAUUUUGAAGGCAAGUGGUAAGAUUGAGGGGGGUUUGAGGUGGCGGGUGGGAGAUGGAUCCCAUAUCUGUUUGCUUAAUGAUAAGUGGCUUCCAGAUGGUUCUUCUCUAGUGUACAGGCUUGAGGCUAUUGCAGAACUGCGAUUGGAGAAGGUGUCGGAUUUGUUGGUUAAUGGGCGCUGGAACUUGGAGCUUCUAGAGGAGGUUUUUAGUCCUCCCACUGUUCAGAAAAUUGUGGCCAUUCCACUCUCUAAUCAAGGUAGUACUGAUGCUCUUUAUUGGUACGAUACCUCUGAUGGUGUUUAUGUGUGCAAAUCAGGUUAUAAAUAUCUCAGGGAUAUGGUUCUCCGUGAAGAGGCAUCGUCCUCUUCCGUGCCCCUCUUACAUGCUUCUCUUUGGCGGAAGUUUUGGGCUAGCCCAGCUCUUCCUCGUUGUAAAGAGUUGGCUUGGAGAGCGGUUCAAGGAUUCAUUCCGGUAAGAGGUGCCCUUGCACGGCGAGGUAUGCUUCUAGACCCUUGUUGCAUUUUUUGUGAAGCAGAGGUGGAGACUUGUGAGCAUGUUUUUCUCAAAUGCCCAGCUGUGGAGAGGGUUUGGGUUGCCUCUGAAUUGGCAAUUAGAAUAGAGAAUUUCACUUCCAUGGUUGAUUUUAUGGUGGCGGUUUUGCAUGAAGAGGAACCUGAGUUCACAGCUGCUGUUCAAACGCUCUUAUAUGCAACAUGGGAAGCUCGGAACUCAAUGGUUUUCAGAGGGCGACGCUUGGACGUCGGGGAGGUGCUUCGUAGAUGCUCUACUCUUCAUCCUAGGGACGUCGCGGAGCCCAUUCACCGUCCAGAGGAGGGUACUCGCGCAGCGUCAUGGAAGCGGCCUGAAGUGGAGUUGAUUAAGGUUAAUGUGGAUGCAUCCAUCAAGGAUGGGGUGUGUGGUUAUGGGAUGGUGGCUCGAGAUUCAAAUGGAGAGGUUUUAGGAGCUGCUGCUUUUUACCCAAUUAAUGUUAUUUCCCCCUUGCUUGGAGAAGCCUCAAGUCUCCGUUGGGCAAUGCAAUUGGCUAUGGAGUUUGGAUUUCGAUCGGUGUGCUUUGAGACGGAUUGUCUUCAGCUCUUUACUUGGUGGAAGAAGGGGACAGCUGGUUUAUCUUAUUUAGAUGCUAUUGUUCGUGAUUGUCGUACUUUAAUUCCUGCUUUUAGUUUUUUUGAUUUGCUUUUUGUAAGACGCACUGGCAAUUAUGUUGUAGACUUUUUGGCGAGGAAUGCUUCUGAUUUCCCCAACUCUGUUUGGGUGGAGGAGGUUCCUUAUGCUGCUGAUCACUUGGUGAUCAAUGAUGUAAUGGCGUCAUCGCCUGCUUUGAGUUAA